CACUCUUCCUCAAUUCAUUUCAAGCAUUAUUGAUAAUGAUAAAUAUAACUUGAUAAAAAACGAUGUAUAAGAAACCUACUUUUUAUUUUGUAUUGAAUGGAUGAAAGGCUGAUCAUUUGGGAAAGAAACUUCCACCAUUCUCUUCAUCAUCAUCAUCAUCAUUGGAAUUCAAUAAAAUUUUACAAAAAUCUAAAGGUUUUGCUAAUGUAUUAACCGAUACAUAUUUGGAUCAAUUAGUUGAUAAAAUUUUAUCAAUUCGUCAAGAAUAUCCAAAUUUAUUAAAUAAUGAUAAGUCAUUGGAAACAAUUCAAUCAGCUCAUGAUAAAGUAGAAGAAACACUUCAAAACAUUCAUCAUAUACUUUAUAAACAUUAUGAAGAAUAUGAAAAUAAAGAAAAUCAUUUGAAUAUCCCAAUUGAUGCAUCAAGUACACAUACUAUUGAUAUCGAUAAAAUGAAAGAAUCAUCUAAGAAGAUUCAACAAUUCCAUGAAAAAUUAUCUCAAUUAAUACCAGUCUAUAUGAACUUGAAACUACAAUCUUAUCAAUCAUUGAAUAAUGAAAAUAUUGAACAAGAUACUACUACCACUACCGCUACUACUCAAUCUUUUGAAAACAUCCAUCAAGCUGUGAAUAAUUUAAAAAGAUUAUUAUUAGCUAAUGAAAAAUUAGAAAAUGGUUUACAACGUAUAUCACAAUAUACAUCGUUAUUGCCGGAUUUAUCAGAAAACUUGACUAUUCCAAUCUUAGGUGAAAUUCUGUCAUCGAACCAGUGUCCGUCAUCAACAUCAUCAUCAGCACCAAGAACAACAACAACAACCACAUCAUUCUCGUUAACAUCAUCAUCAUGUCCUGAUGAUCAAUUGUUGUCAUCAUUUCAUCCUUGUUCGUAAAAUGAAAUCUUAACGAGAUCGGCAUUUAUUAUUUCCGUUACAUCAUUUUUUCAUAAGAUGGAAUAGUAACUAUUAUUUUUUUGUAUAAAUUUUUUUUUUAAAAAUCUUGUUUUUUGUGAAUUAGUUUUUAUUCAUUUAAAUUAGUAACUAAGAGAUUAUUUUGUUUAUUUAAAGCAAAAUUUCUUAUUUCUACGUUCUUACCCCGUAUGUAUGUGAAUUUCUUGUACAUUUGAUGAUGUUUCACAGGUUGAAAUCAUGAGUCAGUUGAAGCUAGACCACCAUUGAAAACCUGGAAGCACUGGACGGCCGUUUCGUCCUGGUAUGGGACUCCUCAGCAAUGCGCAUCCAUGAUCCUGUACCACGAAACGGCCGUCCAGUGCUUCCAGGUUUUCAAUGGUAGUCUAGCUUCAACUGACUCAUGAUUACAACCUGUGAAAUUUCUAAAAUUCUCCACAAAACCCAUUCUGAUAUAGUUUAUUGAAAUGAGGCAUGAAAUGAUAGUGUGUAUGUGAAAGAAAAAGAAUAUAAGUAACUUCGGUUAUCACAAAAUAAUGCAUGUAUUAUGAUAGAAAUGAUCUUUGAAUGAUCAAUACUACUGUAUUGUGAAUUGAUUGAAGUUAGACAUAAACACUAUUGGAUGUCAGUUUAGUUGUCUAGAGGUUAAGCGUUCGUAUGCGAGACUGAUAGGUCCUGGAUUCGAAUCUCGCGGGGCGGGAUCAUAGAUGCGCAUUGCUGAGGAGUCCCUUACUAGGAUGAUGAAACGGUUGUCCAAUGCUUCGAGGUUUUCCAUGAUGGUCUAGCAUCUAUUGACUCAUGAAUUCAAUUAUUAAAUUACUACUGUAUCAAUCAAUGCAUAAAGUUAUUGAUUGUUAGUGUGAGCUAUUCGAAGUUUAUAAAAUUCAUUGCUGACAAGUUCUAAAUAGGACGAAACCGUCGUCUUAUAUUCCAUUGUUAAUUGCUACAUAAUUUUGCUGAAAUAUGUAUUUCUUAUGUUUAAAUUCCUGGUGUUAAAAUUAAUUCCUGUUUUUUGCUUCUCAUUUUUCUAACUUCCGCUUUUUCUGUGCUGAUUUGAAGUGUACCAAUUUCAACCAAUACAUAUUUCAGAUCUUACAUUGACUGUGACUUAUUGUUGAAUAUAAAAAAACUCCUCAAUAAUCACAGUGUUGAAACCAAUCACUUUCAAUAUCAUAUGGAAUGUAGUAAUAAGCAUUCGAACAAAACAAUCGAUAAUUGAAAUUACAUUCCUACGAUAAUUUGGUUUUCGAUAAUUCAGUCUUAUGUAAGGGGUUGUUAUUUUCUAGGAUGUAAAAAAAACUGUAUUAUUUCCAUGAUAGACGGUUUGUUUCAAUUAUUAUCAUUGUAUUCAAAUAGACAUUCACGUGUUAUUUGAUUUUCCUUUAAAAAUAUCUCAAUAUAUGUGGUAUACACAUACACUGUAGUAGAUAGUAUUAUUUAUUUAUUUCAACAUAUAAAUAUUGGUACAAAGGGUCACUGAAUACAUAUGCACCUCACAAGUCACUUGAUUUGUGCGUGGCCUAUAAUACUGUCCGGGUGCCCAAACUAAAGCAGAUGGUUCUCUUAGAAGGCCACUUUCCAAGCCUUUGACCUAAGUGUCUAAUCUACAAAGCAGUGAAGCAAUGCAAGGAGAUGCAGUCCCUUGAUAGCCUGUGACUAACGAUUGGUUCAUACGCCAUUACUUUCCUUAGGAACCUGAAGCCUAUGUGCAAAAUUGGUUUGGAAUUGUGGGUUUUUUUAACUCCCCUAGGUGAGCCCUCUGUGUCCACUAACUGGGCUAAAGGGCCGGGCAUCCGCUUUUCGUCGUGUCAUUUAGGUAAACAGCACCGUUGUUGCGAGACGUCAGUGAGUAGGACUUCCCUGACAAUGUCUGUAUACGCGUGUCCAUGUGAGAGCAUUUGGAGAGGGAGAACUAACUCCCCACACCCUCGGUUGUACCAGGGGUGUUGAUAGUGUUGUUUUUUAUUUCAUUUAUAAUUAGAUUGAUUGAUUAAUUAAUUACAUUAUUACCUACUGUGUUCAUUUAUGUAUAGUGUAUACUAACUUCAAAUUGUUAUUAUUUUUGAAAUAAUCAUAAAUCAUUCCUGUAUGUUUACAUGUACAUGUGGUGAUUGUUUAAUUGAAUGACAAAGUGUAAUAAGUUAUCUUUAAUAAAUCAUUUAAUGUGAUUAUUUGUUUGUUUGUUUUUUUCUUUCGUAUUCGUUCUUGAAAUGUAAGUCAUUGAGAGUGAAAGGUAAAUGAGUUCUUUUGUGUUUGUUGAUCAAUAAUAAUUUCGAAUCAUUUCUACUUAUCACAGAUUGAAAUCAUGAGUCAGUUGAAUUUAGACCACCAUUGAAAACCUAGAAGCACUGGACGGCCAUUUCGUUCUAGUAUGUGACUCCUCAGCAGUGCGCAUCCACGAUCCCGCACCACGCGGGGCUCGAACCCAGGACCUACUGGCUUCGCGCUCGAGCACUUAACCAUUAGACCACUGAGCCGGCAUCCAACGGUGUUAAUGUCUAACUUCAACCAAUCCACGAAGUUGCGCCACCAUAUACCAUUGUCUUCAGUGAGCUGAUAUCUCACAACAGACCUGGUUGAACUUUACUGGUAACGGCUUCCCACUAGAACUCCAGGAGUACCUCUUGAAGUCAGUCACUAGUGAGCAGAUGAUUAUUAUCAGAAGGGGUUUGUGGACGAAACGGCCAUCCAGUGCUUCCAGGUUUUCAAUGGUGGGCUAGCUUCAACUGACUCAUGAUUUCAAUCUGUGAAAAUUUCUAAAAAUCUCCACAAACCCCUUCUGAUAUUUCUACUUAUGUUGAUUGUUUGUAUCAUUUGCUGAUAACAGUUGAAGAAGUAUUGACAGUGUUCAGAAAUCAGUGGACAGUUGUUUCGUCUUAAUCUAUUUGAAGUGAUCGUUUCUGCAGAAUAUAUCUAUGACAUCAUCAAGAAUCAAAAAGGUAAUCUUUAGAUGUUGCAGCAGGCACAUUACUUUCAGACUAACCUAGAACUUUAGUCAAUUUAUAAUGUGAUUCGAUAAUCACUUUAUCCCAUCAGUUGGUAACGGUCUACUUUCUGAAAUGUACUCCUAAUUGGAACUAUAUGGAUUCAUUUUAAAGCAAGUCGUUGAAAUUGUUGGAGAGUUAUUUUCUAGAAAUAAACAUCUGCUUAGUGAUUUUUUGGUUGUUUGUACCUUUUGUUUAUUCAUUUGAAAAGAAUAUGAAUAACGAUGUAAUCAAACUAAUCUGAUAAUACAAGUUUUUAUCAACUGCUUCUUACGAAAGUGUUGAAUAUGAUUGUGAAGUUGAUGUGAAUACAUAUUAACACAUAGUGUUAGUGUAAGAUUUAUACCUCAUGAGGAAGAUUUUGAUGGAGCUGGUUUGUUUAACCUUGGCUUUUAUCGUCUUUCUAGUCAACAUUAUCAGUAUAGAAAUCUGUUUGGAUUUCAGGUUAUUUUUUGUUAAUUGAUCAGCUAUUGGAAUCUUUUGAAUAUACAGAGUGAUCGAUUGACAAAAAAUAUUUUGUCAAUCAACUAGCUAAUCUGCUUAAAUAUCUGAUCUACUUGUUCCUGCUAUCUAGAUAUUUCAACAAAUGAUCUAUUUCCUUGUUUGUUUCAAAAUAUCAUUAUAUCAAUUAAUUGCAUAACCUAUUCAAAUGAAUUAAUGAAAAGUUCACAACCUUUCACUAUAGAAGUUACGAAAGAGCCCAAUCACAGACAUUGUGGUUAUUGGCAAUGUACAUCGAAAAGAAUAUAAAUUAAUCAGAUGUCAAUUCCUUAACUGUUAACAUCUAACUGGCGACUACUCAAUGUUUAUUGCAAGGAUAGAUCAAGAAAUAAGGAAAUGAAACUUGUUGAAACACUUUAUGCUGAGAAUUCCAUAUUGUACUUAAAAUAAAAUAUUGAAUAAAGCUAAUAAUAAUUGACUCAUGAUCUCAAUUAUUAAAAUUACUAGAAUAUUCACAAAAAUCCCUUCUGAUAUUAAUCAACAUAUGCUCACUAGUGACUGGCUUCAAUAGAUAUAUCCUGGAGUUCAAGUGAGAAGCAGUGACCAGUGGAGUUCAACUGGGUUUGUUGUCAGAUAGUAACUCACCGAUGACAAUGAUAGAUGUGUCACUUAAUUUCGUGGAUUAGUUGAAGUUAGACAAUAAUACUAUUGGGUGCUGGCUCAGUGGUCUAGUAGUUAAAUGCUUACAUGCGAGACUAAUAGGUCCUGGGUUCGAAUCUCGCGAGUCAGAGUCGUUGAUGCGCAUUGCUGAGGAGUCUCAAUGCUUCGAGGUUUUCCAUGAUGGUCUAGUUUCAAUCGACUCAUGAUCUCACCUAUUAAAAUUACUAUAAUCUCUAUAAAAACCCCUUCUGAUAAUAAUCAUUUGAACUUUUUUCUCGUCAUAUUAUCUCCACAAUAUGAUUUUACUGAGUUCUUUCAAGCUAAUCAUAUCCCAUUUCAAUGUAUCAAUUAGUAUCUCAGAUCCAUUUCAAUACUAUUCUUCAAUUAGAAUAAUGAUGGUAAUAAUUAUACUUUGCGGGUUAUUUUUUUUGUAAAAAUCUUUAGAUCAUAGUGUUCAAUAUGUCAAUGAAACAAUUAACAUUGGCAAUAUUGAAACCAGAUGUUCAACGUUUUAUAAAUUAUCGUAAAUAUGUUGAAUCUGUGAUGUCCGAUGCACAAUUACAAAUUAUUCAUAAUGAAGAGGUUUUUAUGACGCGCGAUCGUGCUCAAGUAUUUUACGCUGAACACGAAGGUAAAUUUUUCUAUGAUCGACUUGUUAAUCAUAUGAUUUGCGGACCACUUGGAGUGUAUAUUCUUGCUGGUAAUGAUGCAAUAUCUGUUUGGCGUUCAUUGCUCGGUCCCACUAAAGUUUAUCGGACAGUUGUAUUUGAACCAAAUAGUUUACGUGGUCGUUUUGGAUUGACAGAUACCAGAAAUGGUUUUCAUGGAUCAGAUUCACAAGAAAAUGCGUUCAAAGAAAUUAAAUUCUUCUUUCCUAAUUUCAAUUGUGAAAGUAUCCUUUCUGAUUUAUGAAAUAACUUUUUUGUAUAUUUACUUAGGAAUAUAUAAGUUCUUUAUUCUACUUUAUUUAUUCUGAAAAUGAAUUAAAGUUCUUCAAAACUACUUACAGUCUAGUUAUUUAAUGUCGGUGUAUCAACAAGUAAAUGCUGUAAAUAGUACAACUGACAAUAUGAUUUAUAUUCACAUAUUUUUUAUGUCACUCGUUUAUUGUAAUUUGUUGUCAAUAUUAACCAGCUGAGAUUUUGUAUUUCAAAAUUGUUCUCUUUCUCUGUGACUUAUGUAAGUAGGUUUGUUAACAUAGGAUAUCAGAUAAUUAGCAAUCUGAAUCUUAACAUUCGUUUUCUAACUGAAAUGCAUCGAGUCUAGUUUGUGUGCGCUGAAAACAGUUUGUAGGAAUAAAGAGCUCAUUGAGUACACCUGCAUAUGUCUCUAAGCAUUGUUUAUGAUAACCUUGCAAAUCCAAACCAGGUAGUUUAGACGUACCAGCACAUUUAAUUACACUAGUCAACGACUUCAUAGAUGGGUGUUACUGCCGAAACUACACUGAUGACCUUUAAAUGACUAGGAGCGAUCAAUCAGAAUGAAGCUGGCGAUUGUUUUAUUGAAACGUGAGCAUCAGAAUUUACUCACCGGUAACCUAAACGGAAACCUACGUCUUUCACUAAAUAAUGUCAUGAAUAUUGAUCACACACAAGACCUUGAAUUAUUCAGAAACAACUGUAGGUAGUAAAUGAAUUAAAAGUAUUGUGUUCAGAAACGAGGCUGCUUCAUGGUACAUUAUUUUUUGGCCAAAAGAGUGAAAUAAAGAAGGUACUUUUUUCCAAGAUUAAGGAUAUAAGUCGUCCGCACAACCUUCACUUUCAUUAUUGGUGUUAGGGUUGAAAUGUUAGACCCAGUUAUCCUCCAUGUGCAAACUAUAUAGUUUUGAUCGUCCCGAAUAUGUAAAACUAUCUCAUCCAACAUUUUCAGUUAAAGUUCCAUAAAAGUAAUGUCAUCUAUUUCCACAUAAAUUUCCACCUGAAGUUCUUUUAUGAGUAUGCAUGAAACACCGAGUGGUUUAGACACCUUCCUUCAAAUUGCUCACUUUUGAAGCUGCAGAGUCGCACUGUUUUUUCAGUACAAUAUGAAACUUUUUCGUGAUCAGUGUAUAUUCUGACUUCCUUGAGAAACUAUGACAAUUAGAAUUUAGACUGAUUUUCUAAGUAAGAGAUUUCGAUAUAGUGCCAUUCCAGGUAGAUCUAGUCGAGUACAACUGAAUGCAUUAUAUUUGGGAUUCCUAAUAAGCGCGCAGUCUGCUAGGAUGGGAGCCAGUGAGUGCAAAUAUGUCCCGGCGUCAAGUACUCAUUUUUCGCAGUAUUUUUGUCGGUGUUUACUUAUUUGAAUAAAUGUCUCGAAAACACACUGUAGUGGGCUCACAUAUCUCUUUCUGGUCGAGGAUGGAAUGCAGAGGAAACUCAGCAACUGGUAACAUAAUAUGUACACUGGACUUGGCUCAGCUGCAUAUUCUUUGUGUUGGUAAUUUGUGGUGUUUGAAUGAACUGAUGAUUUGUUUGUACUUGUUGAAUACUUGGUUUCGAAUUCUAAAUACAAUACGUUCGUGCGUGUCUAGUACUUCUUGAUUAAUAUGCGUUAUUUUCGGUAUUCUUAGUUCAUACUACAAUUCAAAUAAUUUGAAAUACCAAAUUGGCGUCGCGAUAGUGCCUGUGAUGGAAUUGUUGGAUACACAUUAAGAUCUUGAUGAUUUUGAUGAUUACUUUGAAAGGUUCGGAAUCUGGGCUAUGACCAAGGAAGAUGAUGAGGAUAUUAAUAUUGUGGCACAUUUCUUUACUUUCAUCUGAAAAGAGGCAUAUAGCUUAUUAAGAGCUCUGGCUAUGCCGGAAAAACCUAUCUCGCUUCCAUAUACAACCCUCAAGGAGCUGCUGAUAGACUAUGUUAAGUAUACAAAUUUCAAACGCAAUAAAGGAAGAUUUUGUAAAGUGAUUCCUGAGGAUAUAAAAAAUUUCACUACAUUAACACGUCAUCCCAACUCAGUGCAUACUCAAGGCUAUGCAGAUAAUUCAUUAAGGAUUUGCAAUGCAGUUCGUGGAAACUAUUUCAGAAGAAUCAAAUCGUGAUGUUCUAUCAAAUAUUAUUUGUUCUCAUAAUGCACUUGUUUCUUGUGCGAAACUUGUUCAAUCCGAAGCACAAGUACUAAAUGAGCUCUGUUUUGAUUACAAUUCGGAUGAUUUCAUAUCAACUGCUCUUUAUUCUAAUCGCAAAGUCACUUCUAAUGUUUGCUUGACCAAUGUGAGGAAUAUGUUUUAAGUAAAACCACAUCAUUCAUAACUUGGGUGUAUAAUGAUCCAACAUUAUUUCGUGGUGGAGGAUAUUGUUGAAAAAUCUGUGGUUUAAAUUCUAGAUAUUAAUGAUUUCAGUGCGAAACCGACAUGCUGAUUGUAUACAAUUCUAGGUGAGUCUGUUUCGAUUUUGGUUGGUAAUUCCAAUACUAAUGAGCACAUUCUAGAUAAUAUCGAGUUUUUACCCAAUAUAAUGUCGGACAGACACAGGAUGAACUUAAGAAGAAGACGUGCAAUCGAUUAUAGACAGGUAGACCCUAAUUUAAGCCAUGGUGGGUGUGGUGCUUGAAUAAACUGAUGAUUUCUUUGUACUUGUUGAAUGCUUGAUUUCGAAUUCUAAAUACAAUGCAUUCGUUCGUGUGCGUCUAGUACUUCUUGAGUCAUAUAUGUUAUUUUCGGGAUUCUUAGUUCAUACUACAAUUCAAAUAAUUCAAACAUCAAAUAAUUACAAUCAUGGUGAUUAUGCAAGACAUCGUGCUUCACGGCGCUUCUCCUAAUGCUUGAGGAUUUUGAGCCUCCGAACAAAGCUGAAACUUUUGACACAUUAUUAACAACCAAGAGACGAGACAAAAGAACUGACAGAUUGUGAAGAGAUAUUGGGCUUCAUCACUGAUAAAGCCUCAGGUGUAAACAAAAUAAUCAUUAUAGACCUAGAAGUAUAGUUGGUGAUGAGCAAUCUAUAAACAGAAGUUCUGAAAGGGAAAUAUCAAUAGCGCGAAUAACAAACAGGUAGUACCGAAUGUCGGAAAUUGUGGGAUACGUCUGUAAAAUCAAACUCCGAAGCAAUAAAGGCCGCACGAGCUUGGGCUGCCUAAUGUAGAGGUACCAGCUCAAGAGCACAAUAAAGUCAACGAUUAGCUCGACUUAACUGUGAGAUCCAAUAAUUUGGCUUCUUUGUGCGUGUCUAGCAAGUCGAUAUCCACACAUCAUACUAAUCAAUACUCCACGGUUUCUAGAUGGCAGUUUAGGAUCUGAAAACGAAAAGCUGAAAAUACAUCAAUCUAUCUCUAUCUAUUGGAAUUCAUUGACUUUGAUUAAACAUAAACCACAUUACGUCACAUCGUGGUUAUUGAGGUUAUAUUAAAAGCAGUAAGCACACAAAGUUUGCGAAAUGGUACAGAAUGUGAAUUCAGAUAGCUCUUCAUGCAAAUCUUCUCUAGAUUUUUGAUUUGGUUCCACUGGGGACAUAUCUACAAUUGAAAAAUUGCCCUGACUAUGUAGGCUGUGAAUCUAAUUUUAGUUAGUAGUAUUGAGAAACAAUCUGAAGACAAAACGACGAAUGUUGACGGUCAAAAUAUUUUUCUAAAUAUAGUAAUGUGGGUUUUCAACUUGUCAACCUUCAGAGAUAUUCGGCUUGACACAGUUGUGUCUAUACUACCGCGUAAGUUAAUACGAACUAAAUUUAUCAUCACGAUCCGAGGCGUUACGACAAAGCACAAAUCUACCCGCCGAAAUCGGUAAUUUGCACCCUUAGGGAACGUUCAAAUACAUCAAUUACAUAACAAGAAUUCAUUCAUGAAUCCUUGCUAUAAUUACCGACAGAGUUGUAUCUCCAGAUUUUAAAGGAUAAUCAAGAUGAGUUAAAAUCAGACCCACAUUACUCCUGGACGUUCUCUUCCACUGCCCCUCUAACGAAACAAGCAAUAUCAUCAAAUGUGCUGUUGGUCGUGAACUUGCAUCCAGGAAAAUGUACUGCAAACACCAUGCAUUAUUUUCACAAAGAAAAUGAACAGGACCGGUUAAGCAACUUCCCAAAUCACUGAACUAAGUGCAUAGUUCAGAAGCACUCUUCAUAAUAUCCAAGAUAUCACCCAGAAAAAGUUAAUUAUCUAUGGACAGUAUGGACGCAAUUCCAAAACAAAUUUACAAAAAGUUUUAAUGCCAUCUCCAGUAGAACAACAAACCAAUCAGUAUCACCAGUGCUGAAAUUGGAAUACUGUAAAAAUGACUAAAAAUGUAUGACAAUCAGAAGUACUCGAAUUGUUUUGCUAGUCAAGAAUUCCCGAAAUAGUGCAAUAUAUAGCAAGUAGAACUUUUCGAGCACAAAUGACCGUAUUGUAUUUGGAAUUUGUUGUAUAGACAAUGAAACAUCACUAGGAUCUAGAUAAAUGAUACGACAUUUGUGUCACUGGAUGUCGAACAGUUCUAAAAUCCUCGUCAAUUUGAAGAACAACCAACGAGCAUCAAUUAAAAUCACUCCAUGUCCUGGCCCAUAUGGUGGUGGUGGCAAUCCGUUCAUUGUACGCGCUUGUGGCGGACCAGAUAGAUAUGAACGCGAAAAAUAUCAGCAAAGUUACCAAAGAUCAAUAGUAAUAUUAAUAUAUACCAGUUAAUUGUUACAAAUACAAUAAAAAUUUGGAACGUUACUUAAACUGACCAAAUGUUGCGUGUUCUGAUUAGGUCCAGUAUUGUAAAUCCACAAUUAUAAAUGCUUGGUGAUUCUGAUAGGGUUGAAGAACUCUCCAGUGAUAUAAUCCAACGUAGAAUGUGAUAUAUUCCAAUUACAGUCUAUGAAUGUAGAUAGUAUUUGAUUUAGACUCCAGUUAACUCAAUCACAAAUGAAGAUAGGACGAGGAAUGUAUGAGAAGCAGUGUAUUUGUUAGCCACCAACGGUAUGUCAGGCUAUGUAGUUGCACAACGGAAAAG